AUGGUUUCUUCAAAAUCCUUUCCCCAUAGACAUUACAGCUUUUCCUCUAGGAAAAGGCUAAAAGUUUCAAGUUUCGAACAUCAUGAGACAGGUUCUCAGACCUGUAUUGGAGACUUUGAUGAUGUUUCCACGGUAAUGCAUUCGGACUCGAAAGAAUGCUUGCUUCAUGGGUGCCAUCAUUGUGUUUAUGCGUCUUCAUCUUGCUAUAAUAUGCUGGAAGACACAAAUCCUGCCUUAGAGAUGGAUUGCGAGUUGAAUGGAGAAGGCAGUGAUGUUCCAGUUACUUCUAAUGAUGCUGGUGCCAGUAAAUCGGUUUACCCACUGCCUGCAUUUGUGACUGGCUGGAUGUAUGUUAAUGAGCUUAACCAAAUGUGUGGUCCUUAUAUUGAUGCACAGUUGCACGAGGGUCUGUCAUCUGGUUUUCUUCCUGGGGACCUUCAAGUGUUUCCUGUACUAAACCAAAGAAUAACGAAUCCUGUUCCCCUGAGGUACUUUCAACAGUUCCCAGACCAUGUCCAAUCGGGUUUCAUGUACCUUGGCUCUGGCAUCUCCAAUGCACUUUUGCCUAUGCCUGAUUCUGCCUCAGCAACUCACGGACGAGAAGGCCAUGGUUGGAGUUUUUCCUUGGCUUCUAACUCACAAAAAAAGCAUGGAAAAGGAGAGUCUGUUCCAGUAUUCCCAUAUUCUGAAUUGUCAGAAGACGAUUCUUGUUGGUUGUUUGAGGACGAUGAGGGAAAGAAACAUGGUCCUUAUAACCUACUGGAGCUUUAUUCCUGGCAUUGCUAUGGAUAUCUUCGGGAUACGUCGAUGAUACAUCACACACAGAAAGAUGGUGGGCCCUUUCCGCUGCUGUCUGUUCUGGACGCAUGGAGAACAGCUAGGGCUGAAUCAAGAUCUGCACCUAAUGUUAUGUUGGAAAGUUGUUCUCCAGAGAACUUAACACCAGAAAUAUCUCAGGAAAUUUCCUCUCAGCUGCACUCAGCAAUAGUGAAAGCAGCUCGAAGAGUCGUCCUACAUGAAAUUAUCAGUAACAGUAUUACGGAGUUUCUUGAUGUGAAAAAGACUCGUGGACUUCCAAAGCUGGAUAUUCAAACUGCUGAAACUCACCCCAGUAAAGGUGAAGUGUUGCCCAAAAACACAAAAUCUGUUGGCAGUAUGGAUAACUUCCAGGUCUCUCACGCUGUUCUUUGUAGAGCUCUUUUCAACUGUUGCAUGGAAGUUCUUUGGAAUGCUGUUUGUUAUGAUACAGUAGUAGAGUAUUCAGCUUCGUGGAGAAAAAGAAAAAUCUGGUCUGGCUCUCGGAAUGGAUUUCCUUCGGACCUUGAUAUCUAUGGCAAAAAGUUUCAAGCAUCAGUCACAGAUUUUUUUCUACCCACGGAGGAGAUAUCUGGUUGCGAUGGUGACUGCCCCCCUGGUUUUGAGUUUGUUAGAACCAGAACAGAAAAUCAAACUGGAAUACCUGAUAUAAAAGAGCUGAUCCUUAAGCCAUCAGAAGAGACUAUCCCAUCGUGCAUGGAUUGCAACAACGAUGACAUAAAAUGUUUCUCGGAGAGUGUGGAAAAUGAACUUCAUAAGUCUACUAAUGCUUGUUUGGUUGCGUUUGUUGGAACUCUUGUUAAGGAGGAAGUCAUUAGAGUAGCUAACAUUAGAGAGGAUGGAAAAAUUGCUGACAUUGCUAUUCAUGGCGAUGAUGAGUUCACCAAUCCAGCACUACAUGAAGAACAGAGUGACUCCACUGGAAUUCCUCUCAGCAAUCCUAAAUGUGCAUCCCUAGCUGUUGCUAACCAGCUUGCUUUAAAGAAUACUACAUCUAGUUUUCUUGCAAGUACUUUUGGGAAGGCGCAUAUAUGUGGCCUAAAUGUUGCUUCUUCACCUACACCACCUGGAUCUGAAGAUGGUGUUACCACUCUCCUAUCACCCUUGUGUAAAUUCCGUGUGUCGACAUCCAAUGAGCCUCGUUCUAGGAUUAAGCAAUACAUUGCCUUGGCAUUAUGCAGGCAAAAGUUGCAUGAUAAUGCAGUUGGUGAAUGGAAAAAUUGUUUUUUUGAUGAUCUUCUCCAGCAGCACUUUCCAUCAUUUUUGGCUUUUGCGGAAGGGUGUGGGUUUGAUGGUGAUAAGGGAGGGGUAGACAAUCAAAGUGGGGAAUCGCUGAAAUUAUGUAUGUCAAAGUCUGUGGGCGGUUGUUCACCUACUGGUAAGUACACAUACUAUAGAAAGAAAAAGACGUCUCGUACAAAGCUAGCAUCGUCUUUGGAAUUGGUGUCUCCAGCCGAAUCGCGGGGCCAGCUGUUAGAAUCAUCUAGAGAGCACAUCUCGCUCAAGAUUGCUGCAAAGGCUGCAGAAGCUGACCGCUCUGUUUCGAAACAAACCAAGACUGACAUAUAUGAGAGCCAGAAGAAACUGUCUCUUAGUUCUAGGCCUUUGAAAGGCAUUGCAGAAGGAAGCAGACGACUCGAACGUUCAUCGGCCAGGAAGACUAGUUGUCGCAGAGUGAAGAAAACCACACAGGCAGUUCAAGGUGAUGAGUUCACAGAUAAUGCUCACAAGACCUCCAGGAGUGUUGUGGAUUCUCAUGAUGUUGAGAAUGAGACAAAUGACAGUAGCUCCACUGCUGGAGUUAAGAAUUCUCCUAACCUUAAUAUUUCCAAGAAAAAACUAUGUAAGCAAUCCCAUGAUACAAAACCAUCCAAGCUGAAAAGGAAGCAUUUACCCAUUGGUACUGGAUUGCCAGUACAAUGCACCAAGAUCGUGAAAACAGAGAAUGUCAGUGACAAGCAAGCUCUUCCACACGUUGGAUUGGAAAACAAAAAGUCCCGCAGUUUCCAAUUGUCUAUCACCUGUCCUCCUUCAGAUGGAUGUGCAAGGUCGUCAAUUAAUGGUUGGGAAUGGCACUUGUGGUCUCUUAACGCAAGUCCUUCAGAAAGAGCUUUUGUCAGGGGACAGUUUGUUCGUUCUAAAUGUUCAAGUUCUGAAACUUGUGCAUCACAAUUCGCUAAUGGUAGAGGUCUUUCAGCAAGAACGAAUAGGGCAAAGGUCCGGAAUCUUCUGGCUGCUGCUGAAGGUGCUGAGCUUUUGAAAGCCACACAGUUGAAGGCAAGAAAAAAGCGGCUGCGUUUUCAACGAAGCAAAAUACAUGAUUGGGGUCUGGUUGCACUGGAACCAAUUGACGCAGAGGACUUUGUCAUUGAAUAUGUUGGCGAACUAAUUCGUUCACGAAUAUCUGAUAUACGUGAAGGACUGUACGAGAAAAUGGGAAUUGGGAGCAGCUACCUGUUUAGACUGGACGAUGAUCAUGUGGUAGAUGCUACAAAGUGUGGUGGGAUUGCGAGAUUUAUAAAUCAUUCUUGUGAGCCCAACUGUUACACCAAGGUUAUAAGUGUUGAAGGCCAGAAGAAAAUUUUCAUAUAUGCAAAGCGGCAUAUAGAUGCUGGUGAAGAAAUUACUUACAAUUAUAAGUUCCCUUUAGAGGAAAAAAAGAUCCCGUGCAACUGUGGCUCUCGAAAAUGCCGUGGUUCAUUGAAUUAG